CCCGCCUCGAGGCCACUCCCGCCGCUCUCGAUCCCUUCUUCGCUCGCGCCAUCCCACCACCACCUUAUACCUUGCCCUUCCACAAAGCAUGACUCCCGGAUCGCCAACAGUCUUCCUCCUAUGGACCGUCUUGGCCUGUUUGUUCCUCUGCUUCCUCCUUGUUCACCUAUGGAGUUAUGAUCGCUUCAAGUGCCUCAAGUGGAAUGCGGGCAAGCAGCCCGGCGCGUUCAACAGGCUCAUGACAUAUACCUACAUCCUCACUGUGCCGCUGCUUUUGGCGUUCAGCGCGAGCGUGACGCGAUUGAAGUACAGGGAAGGGCACGUCGUACUCCCCUCUGGUCAAGCCGUACCCAGACCAGUGCCUGCAUGGAGUCAAGAAAGCAAGGAUCAGUUACUCCCCCUACUCUUUGUCUUCAGCAUCGCAUGGGCAUUCGAAAUUGUUACCCACCUCGAGGAACUCAUGUUCUGGCUCUUUCUCCUCCACCAAGGCCCCCGCAAGCGCGACUGGUUCCACAGCUGGGAGUUUCGCACCUGGUCGUUCGGAAGCACCGCAGCGAUCGUCGGCCUGCCUAUGACCACCCUCGCCGCGCGCAGGGACCUCGAUUUAUGCGCUGCGUGGAUCUUCCUCGUGGGAGCCGUCGCGGGGACGGUGACCACCGUCUGGUUCCUGUACGUGAUUGGCAAGUUUCCGACGUUCAUAACGCAGGUGAAGGCGGGCGGCGCGGAGCCGGCUGUCGUGGUUAGGCUCUUCAGGUUCUACCAGCUGCAUACGUUCCGUGUUGUGCUGCGGUUCUUUUUCACGGUGCCCCUGCUUGUUCUGGCCGCGGAUGCUUUGGCUAUGGGCACGCAUCCCAUUGUGCACGAUCCGUUCUGGGCGGACUUCCUCCUCCUCAUCGGCGGCAUUGGAUGCUUCUCGUCGUCAGCCCUCACGCUGCUGAUCUUCUUCCCCCGCUCCUUUACGCAAGAGAUGGGCUACGUCGUCAAGGUUUCCCCGCCGCCUAGUCGGAAACGUCGCUCGGCCGCAGCGCCUCCAGCAUACCCGCACUACAGCCACAUUCAUCACCCUUCGACUCCCAAAUCGCCGAAGUCGACCGUACACGCUCCGCCUGACGUCGUGUACUCGCCUGACGCGGGUAGCGCGCACUUGCAGAUGGCCGCGUUCGAGUAUCCCUACCGCGCGCCGUCAUAUACGACCUCGACGACGAGCUCGCAUCGGCCAAGUACAAGCACGAGCUCGGAGUCGGACGUGCGCUCGAUGGCAUCGUGGAGGGAGGAGGCGCUCGGAGAAAACGAGACUGCGUACGUGCGGGAGCAGGAGGGACAGGACGUGCUAGCGCCACCAGCCGACGUGCACGGGCGAGGCAGCGACCGCCUGACGUGGCGGAGCUCGGAGACGAGGGUGCCCGGAAAGGGGGUGCCUUCGCCUGCCCAACAGCGUGCGCAGACGUCGGGUAUGGAGCUGGGGGAUACAGGGGAUGAAGCGCCACAAAUGCAUCCCUAUGUCAUGGCCUUCACGUCCCCUAUCGACCUGCCUGACCUGUAUUCAUCGCCAUCAUCGCCGUCGUCGCACGCACACUCGGGGGCGCACGCCUGACUGAUGAGUGCAGUCAAUAUCGUUUCGCCUCUCGCCUUCCUCGGGCUCUUUCCCCCGUCCGCGAAGAUUCCCCCUUGUUCGUCCUGAUGUACUAAUAGGUCCUUGUUUCUCAUGGGUAUGUUAUCGGAUAUGUAUGUAUAUCUACUGCCAUCUACCUGUUCUUUCCGCACAACUCCUAAUACCCCGCUCACCUCAUACUCGCAUUGCUUGCUGCCUCCAGCGUCCCCUCUGCUGCGCUCUCGCUCUCCGCUCCUUACCACCGUAGCCUACUGUACGUAUUAUUCACCAUUGUAUGGGCAUCCGUUCCCAUCGCUGUCUAUGCUAUGGACCUCUGUUUCUGCUGUCUCUACUGUCUGUUGGACCUCGGCGCCCAUGUACUUACCAAAAUCGAAUUCUCUGGAUCUUCAUUCUUGGCUC